AUGAUCCUGCCCCCGGACCCCUCUGAGCGAACCGGUACCGGGUCCAGAGCGGCUCCAGGGACGAUGACCAGAGACCGCGAACCACCGGCUCUGGAGCGGCUGGGGCUGGAGGACGUGGCCGAAGAGGAGGACACUCUGACCGGCGAGAGCACCUCCACGGAGCCCGGAAGAAGCUGCAGUCAGACGAGUACACCAUGGAAGACCAAGGACCUGGACACAGCCACGACGGCCCCGGACACAGCCGCGACGGCCCCAGACACAGCCGCGACGGCCCCGGACACAGCCGCGACGGCCCCGGACACAGCCGCGACGGCCCCGGACACAGCUGCGAUGGCCCUGUCCCAAACCGAGGCAGAUUUCAUCCAUCUCAACUUAAGGAAGCAGUCGUCUUACAGACCCACAGACUCAGACCCACAGACUCAGACCCACAGACUCAGACCCACAGACUCAGACCCACAGACUCAGACCCACAGACUCAGACCCACAGACUCAGACCCACAGACUCAGACCCACAGACUCAGACCCACAGACUCAGACCUCCUCACUCGCUUAGACCCACAGACUCAGACCUCCUCACUCCCUCAGACCCACAGACUCAGACCUCCUCACUCCCUCAGACCCACAGACUCAGACCCACAGACUCAGACCUCCUCACUCCCUCAGACCCACAGACUCAGACCCACAGACUCAGACCUCCUCACUCCCACAGACCCACAGACUCAGACCUCCUCACUCCCACAGACUCAGACCCACAGACUCAGACCUCCUCACUCCCUCAGACCCACAGACUCAGACCUCCUCACUCCCUCAGACCCACAGACUCAGACCUCCUCACUCCCUCAGACCCACAGACUCAGACCUCCUCACUCCCUCAGACCCACAGACUCAGACCUCCUCACUCCCACAGACUCAGACCCACAGACUCAGACCCACAGACUCAGACCUCCACACUCACUCAGACCCACAGACUCAGACCUCCUCACUCCCUCAGACCCACAGACUCAGACCCACAGACUCAGACCCACAGACUCAGACCUCCUCACUCCCUCAGACCCACAGACUCAGACCCACAGACUCAGACCUCCUCACUCCCUCAGACCCACAGACUCAGACCUCCUCAAUCCCUCAGACCCACAGACUCAGACCCACAGACUCAGACCUCCUCACUCCCUCAGACCCACAGACUCAGACCCACAGACUCAGACCUCCUCACUCCCACAGACCCACAGACUCAGACCCACAGACUCAGACCUCCUCACUCCCACAGACCCACAGACUCAGACCUCCUCACUCCCUCAGACCCACAGACUCAGACCUCCUCACUCCCACAGACCCACAGACUCAGACCUCCUCACUCCCACAGACUCACAGACUCAGACCCACAGACUCAGACCCACAGACUCAGACCCACAGACUCAGACCUCCUCACUCCCUCAGACCCACAGACUCAGACCUCCUCACUCCCUCAGACCCACAGACUCAGACCCACAGACUCAGACCUCCUCACUCCCACAGACCCACAGACUCAGACCCACAGACUCAGACCCACAGACUCAGACCCACAGACUCAGACCCACAGACUCAGACCCACAGACUCAGACCCACAGACUCAGACCUCCUCACUCCCUCAGACCCACAGACUCAGACCCACAGACUCAGACCUCCUCACUCCCUCAGACCCACAGACUCAGACCUCCUCACUCCCACAGACCCACAGACUCAGACCUCCUCACUCCCACAGACCCACAGACUCAGACCCACAGACUCAGACCGCCUCACUCCCACAGACCCACAGACUCAGACCUCCUCACUCCCACAGACCCACAGACUCAGACCCACAGACUCAGACCUCCUCACUCCCUCAGACCCACAGACUCAGACCUCCUCACUCCCACAGACUCAGACCCACAGACUCAGACCCACAGACUCAGACCUCCUCACUCCCUCAGACCCACAGACUCAGACCUCCUCACUCCCUCAGACCCACAGACUCAGACCCACAGACCCAGACUUCCUCAGACCCACAGACUCAGACUUCCUCAGACCCACAGACUCAGAACUGUUACAUAUGGUACAUACUGUGUUACAUAUGACCGCUCCUCGACACCUCCUCCACACGCUCUCCACACGCUCUCCACACCUCCUCCACACGCUCCUCCACACGCUCCUCCACACCUCCUCCACACCCCCUCCCCACGCUCCUCCACACGCUCCUCCACACCUCCUGCACACCUCCUCCACACGCUCCUCCACACCUCCUGCACACCUCCUCCACACGCUCCUCCACACCUCCUGCACACCUCCUCCACACGCUCCUCCACACGCACCUCCACACCUCCUCCACACCCCCUCCCCACGCUCCUCCACACCUCCUCCACUUGCUCCUCCACACCUCCUGCACACCUCCUCCACACGCUCCUCCACACCUCCUCCACACGCACCUCCACACCUCCUCCACACCUCCUCGACACCUCCUCCACACGCUCCUCCACACCUCCUCCACACGCUCCUCCACACCUCCUCCACACGCACCUCCACACCUCCUCCACACCUCCUCGACACCUCCUCCACACGCUCCUCCACACCUCCUCGACACCUCCUCCACACGCUCCUCCACACCUCCUGCACACCUCCUCCACUCACUCCUCUACACCUCCUCCACACGCACCUCCACACCUCCUCCACACUUCCUCGACACCUCCUCCACACGCUCCUCCACACCUCCUCCACACGCUCCUCCACACCUCCUCCACACGCUCCUCCACACCUCCUCCACACGCUCUUCCACACCUCCUCCACACGCUCCUCCACACGCUCCUCCACACCUCCUCCACACGCUCCUCCACACGCUCCUCCACACGCUCCUCCACACGCUCCUCCACACGCUCCUCCACACGCUCCUCCACACCUCCUCCACAUGCCCCUCCACACGCUCCUCCACACCCCCUCCACACCUCCACACGCUCCUCCACACCUCCACACGCUCCUCCACACGCUCCUCCACACGCUCCUCCACACGCUCCUCCACACGUCCUCCACACCUCCUCCACACCUCCUCCACACGUCCUCCACACCUCCUCCACUCGCUCCUCCACACCUCCACACGCUCCUCCUACCUCCUCCACUCACUCCUCCACACGCUCCUCCACACGCUCCUCCACACGCUCCUCCAUACCUCCUCCACUCACUCCUCCACACGCUCCUCCACACGCUCCUCCACACCUCCUCCACUCGCUCCUCCACACCUCCACACGCUCCUCCAUACCUCCUCCACUCACUCCUCCACACGCUCCUCCACACGCUCCUCCACACGCUCCUCCAUACCUCCUCCACUCACUCCUCCACACGCUCCUCCACACGCUCCUCCACACCUCCUCCACUCACUCCUCCACACGCUCCUCCACACGCUCCUCCACACCUCCUGCACACCCCCUCCACACGCUCCUCUACACCUCCUCCACACCUCCUCCCCACGCUCCUCCACACGCUCCUCUACACCCCCUCCACACGCUCCUUCACACCUCCUCCGCUCGCUCCUCCACACCUCCUCCACACGCUCCUCCACACCCCCUCCACACGCUCCUCCACACCUCCUCCACUCGCUCCUCCACACCUCCUCCACACGCUCCUUCACACCUCCUCCACUCGCUCCUCCACACCUCCUCCACACCUCCUCCACACCUCCUCCACACGCUCCUCCACACGCUCCUCCACACGCUCCUCCACACCUCCUCCACACCUCCUCCACACCUCCUCCACAUGCUCCUCUACACCCCCUCCACACGCUCCUCCACACCCCCUCCCCACCUCCUCCACUUGCUCCUCCACUCGCUCCUCCACACCUCCUGCACACCCCCUCCACACGCUCCUCCACACCUCCUCCACACGCUCCUCCACACCCCCUCCACACGCUCCUCCACACCUCCUCCACUCGCUCCUCCACACCUCCUCCACACGCUCCUUCACACCUCCUCCACUCGCUCCUCCACACCUCCUCCACACCUCCUCCACACCUCCUCCACACGCUCCUCCACACGCUCCUCCACACGCUCCUCCACACCUCUUCCACACCUCCUCCACACCUCCUCCACAUGCUCCUCUACACCCCCUCCACACGCUCCUCCACACCCCCUCCCCACCUCCUCCACUUGCUCCUCCACUCGCUCCUCCACACCUCCUGCACACCCCCUCCACACGCUCCUCCACACCUCCUGCACACGCUCCUCUACACGCUCCUCCACACGCUCCUCUACACCCCCUCCACACGCUCCUCCACACCUCCUCCACACGCUCCUCUACACCCCCUCCACACGCUCCUCCACACCUCCUCCACACGCUCCUCUACACCCCCUCCACACGCUCCUCCACACCUCCUCCACACGCUCCUCCACUCGCUCCUCCGCACCUCCUCCACACCUCCUCCACACCCCCUUCACACCUCCUCCACACCUCCUCCACACGCUCCUCUACACGCUCCUCCACACGCUCCUCCACACGCUCCUCCACACGCACCUCCACACGCUCCUCCACACCUCUUCCACACGCUCCUCCAAACGUCCUCCACACCUCUUCCACACGCUCCUCCACACGCUCCUCCACGCCUCCUCCACACGCUCCUCCACACCUCCUCCACACCUCUUCCACACGCUCCUCCACACGCUCCUCCACACGCUCCUCCACGCCUCCUCCACACGCUCCUCCACGCCUCCUCCACACGCUCCUCCACACCUCCUCCACACCUCUUCCACACGCUCCUCCACACGCUCCUCCACGCCUCCUCCACACCUCUUCCACACGCUCCUCCACACGCUCCUCCACACCUCCUCCACUCGCUCCUCCACACCUCCUCCACACCUCCUCCACUCGCUCCUCCACUCGCUCCUCCACACCUCCUCCACACCUCCUCCACACGCUCCUCGUCAGACCACUGCUAAUCUAAUGGAGCACAGAUCCUCUCAGCAGGGGCCGGACACUGGGCACCUGUUCUAUAAAUAG